GCAUGAGAGGCAGCCGUGGCAGCAGACCAAAGAGCAAGUGACAGCACAGACGGCCGGUUUAAAACUUCUGGCCAUUUGUGUAUGGUCUCGUGUUAAAAAGAGAAGUUUUUGAAGGGAAAUCGAAGAAUGAAAUUUAUAGCCAUCUUUUUGUGUCUGAUAUUCUACCAGUUGCGGUUUUCAGAAACUGCCAGCGAAACAGCGGAUGGUGCUAAAGGGAAAACAAGAACUGUAUCAACUUUAUUGAAUGCGAAAUGGAAUGCAACACCGAUAGCCUUGGAAAUUGCGGAAUUUUUGAAUGACGAGGAUCAAUCAUAUUUUUGGUCAUUCCUUGAAGAUCUAUCUCACAAUACCGAUGAGUAUUAUGGAAAUACUGACAAGGGCAAAUACGAAGCUCUUGUGGAUCUCUCACGGAAAUACCUGUCCGAGGCUCAAGUGUCCCUCAUGAAAUUUUCAUUAGGGCUACAUGUCUAUUCUCCCAAACUUGAAAUGUUUCAACAAAUUGCGAUGGUACAAGGAGUGCCUGAGCAAAAAUGUGAGACAGUUGCCGAAAUCAAUGGCAAAUUAACAUGUGAUCCAAGCCUUAUUAAAGCAUUACUCAAUGAAAAGCCAAAGAGUCCAGAAUUGUAUAAGCUAGAUCACCAAUAUCCUGGUAAAAUGGCAAAGAAUAGACCAGUAGUCAUUCUUUAUGGUGAGAUAGGGUCCAAGAAGUUGACAGAAUUUCACAAUACACUUAAACCACUGUCAGUGUCGGGAGAAAUCAUAUACGUUAUGAGGCACUAUAUAAGUGACCGCAAAGGAACCAAAGUUAGGCUCUCCGGAUACGGUGUGGAACUUCAAAUAAAAUCAACCGAGUACAAGGCGCAAGACGAUACUAAAGUCACUGCAGAGCAAAGCGGAGCUCCAGGCGAUGAAGGAGCAAGCCAACAAGUUGAAGAUGAAGACGUCGAUGUUGAAGGCUUCCUAUUCAGUAAGCUGAAAGUACUCAAUCCAGAUUUGGCGCCAAAGCUGGACAAGUUAAAGCAAGCGCUAUUAGACGAAUCCCAAGAGUUGGCACCGCUUAAAGUAUGGCAGCUACAAGAGCUGAGCCUGCAAGCUGCUGAACGAAUCCUUUCUGCUGCUAAAGAUGAAUCUUUGAAAAUCAUGGCCCAACUGGCCCAAAACUUCCCUUUGCUGGCCCGUUCUAUUGUUCGUACGACCGUUCGGCCAGCUCUAAAGGCGGAAAUUAAACGCAAUCAGCAGAGGUUCGCCAACGAUCUUAGCUUGCAACCAUCUGAGGCUGCACUCUUCAUCAAUGGACAACACUUUAACGUUGAUUCGAUGGAUGUGUUCACACUCUUUGAACAAAUGCGGGAAGAAGUCAAGUUAGUGGAAGGCCUAUACAAGAUUGGUGUUCCAUCCCAAUACGUUAGUUCUUUGCUUUCUUUGGAUUUGAGCCCACCGUCGCGCCAGUACGCCGUUGAUAUUCGAGACAGCGCCGUGUUAUUCGUGAAUGACAUAGAAAAGGAUCCGCAAUACAAACGCUGGAGUCCUAACAUUCAAGACCUAUUACGGCCUAGUUAUCCAGGAGCGCUGCGCAGUAUCCGACGAAACAUGUACAACCUGGUUCUGGUUGUGGACCCUUUGCUCGACGAAGCUCGUUCGCUUAUUAAAUUGGCUGAGUCUUUUGUUGUUCACAAUGCCCCUCUACGUGUCGGCCUAGUUAUGGCCGUCAAUUCAGACCCGAAACUCUCUGGACGCGAUGAUGCUGGGAUAGCCAUUCACAAUGCUUUUAACUACGUUGCUCAACGUUCGCACCCUACGGAUGGACUGAGUUUCAUUACAGACCUCUUCGCAGUAGUGGGUGAUAACAGCAUAACAGUAGACGACGUAGGAAGAUUACUAAAGAAAAAAUUUAGCGCCGACUUGGAAGAUGUCCUCGGUGAAGAUUCCGACUACGAUGUUGGAAGACAAUUGACCAAAGAUUUCCUCCGUCGCACAGGAUUCCGAAAGUUGCCUCAAGUACUUCUGAACGGUGUUGCCCUUGACGAAAAUUCAUUAAACGCUGAUGAAUUUGAAGAGGCUGUGCUAACAGAACUCAUGCGACAGACUUCUUUGCUGCAAAAAGCGCUAUUCCGAGGUGAAAUGAAAGAGGAUGAUAACGUAAUUGAUUUUUUGAUGGGACAGCCAAAUGUAAUGCCUCGCCUAAACGAUCGCGUCUUGUCAACGUCGACCAAAUAUUUGGAUAUGACUGGUGUUGUGGAAAGUGGAAUCAAAGAUCUCACCUCCCUGUCAUCUCAUCAGCUUAUUGCCGCCUUUACUGAUUCGAUAGCCUAUGUGUCGUCGAACACCAAAGCAUUGACACCUGUUACUCUUUGGCUGGUGACGGAUGUCACCCAACUAGCUGGCCGAGAGCUGGUUCAAAACGCUUUGGAAUAUGUGCAAAAUUCGAGGUUGAUCCGCCUCAGUUUGGUUCAUAACCCUCAGACGUUGACGGAUUCCUCCAGUCAUUAUAUCGAUACUAUCAAUGCUGCCUUGACGUCUAAUGACAUCAAAUUACUCAACAAACUGCUUAAAACUGAAAAUGCUGAAGCUUUUACCAUUGGAAGUAAAACCGCUUCCGAUUUUGGAGUGGAGCCAACACAGAAAAGUUCUUUCGGUUUAAAAUUGCACCAGCUCUUGGCUGGACGUGUCCUCGAAUUCCAACCUGGACAGCGCGGAUUGAUCGUAAACGGGCGUGUUAUUGGACCAUUUGAUGACCAUGAGGAUUUUACCUCUGAUGACGUAGCUUUGUUAGAAAAACAUACUAUGUCAACCUCUGGCGAAAAGAUUUUACAGUUCUUACAAGACUUACCUCAACUUCACAGUAGCGAUCUCAUAAUGAAAGUAGGAGGUCUGCUCAUGUCAAGCGCUUCUGGAACAACACCCAAAACACGACACAACAUCGACGAACGUGGAAGCGAGUUAAGUUUGCUCAAUUUUCCACCGAAAAUGAGCGAUUCUCCAUUCAUUGACAUCACUGCAGUCGUAGAUCCUCUUUCCCUCGGGGCUCAAAAAUUGGCUCCCUUGCUGCUUGUUUUGCAAGAGGUACUAAAUUGCCGUGUGCGGGUCUUCAUGAAUUGUGUAGAGAAAAAUAGUGAGAUGCCGUUGAAGAGCUUCUAUCGGUUGGUUCUUGAGCCCGACCUUAUGUUUGGAGCUGAUGAGCGUCAGCUUGCUGGCCCUAUAGCGAAAUUUGGCAUCUUGCCCAUGGGCGCACUUCUGACGCAGGGUAUGCAGGUACCCGAUAACUGGUUGGUCGAGUCAGUCUGGAGUCCGUACGAUCUGGACAACAUUCGGCUUCGAGAUGUGGAUACGGACGUGCACAGCGAAUAUGAGCUCGAACACUUGAUCCUCGAAGGUCAUUGUUUUGAUUCUCAUUCAGGCUCACCUCCCCGAGGCCUACAGCUAACGCUGGGCACACCAAUUGAUCCUUUGAUGGUGGAUACGAUUGUUAUGGCCAACUUGGGAUAUUUGCAGCUGAAAGCCAAUCCCGGCUCCUGGAUAUUGCGCCUUCGAGAAGGCCGCUCAAGCGAAAUCUACGAUAUCGUAUCUCACGAAGGAACUGACACACCAAGUUCGGGUGGCAGUGGAGACAUUCAUGUGCUGAUCAGUUCGUUUAAAUCCCACGUCCUAAAAUUAAAGGUGGCCAAGAAAGCAGGCAAACAACAAAUGGAUUUAUUGUCGUCUGAUGACGAUGACAAUAAUGCCGGUUUAUGGAAUUCCAUUACGAGCACUUUUACAUCCAAAUCGAGUGACGAGGACGAAGACAAACUCAACAUUUUUUCUUUGGCAUCGGGACACUUGUACGAACGAUUUAUCCGCAUCAUGAUGGUCAGCGUGUUGAAACACACAAAAACCCCCGUCAAAUUCUGGUUUCUGAAACAGUACCUUUCGCCAACAUUGAAAGAUUUCUUACCUCACAUGGCUGCCCAUUACGGUUUUGAGUACGAGCUGGUUCAAUAUAAGUGGCCCCGCUGGCUCCAUCAACAGAAAGAGAAACAACGCAUUAUUUGGGGCUACAAGAUUCUAUUUCUCGACGUCCUCUUCCCGCUCUCCGUCAAGAAAAUUAUUUUCGUCGACGCUGAUCAGAUCGUCCGUGCUGAUUUGAAAGAAUUGAGAGAUCUGGAUUUGGGCGGAGCUCCGUAUGGUUACACACCCUUCUGUGACAGUCGCCGCGAGAUGGACGGGUUCCGCUUCUGGAAAUCUGGUUAUUGGAGAAACCACCUGCAAGGUCGCAAGUAUCAUAUUUCUGCCCUGUAUGUCGUUGACCUGAAGCGAUUCCGUAAAAUUGCUGCCGGAGACAGAUUGAGAGGGCAAUAUCAAGCGCUGAGCCAGGACCCUAACAGUUUGUCGAACUUGGAUCAGGACUUACCCAACAACAUGAUCCACCAAGUGCCAAUCAAGUCAUUACCGCAGGAGUGGCUCUGGUGCGAGACGUGGUGUGACGACACGUCGAAGCGGAAGGCCAAGACGAUCGACUUGUGCAAUAACCCGCAGACAAAGGAAGCGAAAUUAGACGCCGCUGUCCGUAUCGUAGCCGAAUGGAAUGAUUACGACAGCGAGAUUAAAAUGAUUCAAGAAGAACUCGCCCGCAACCGGACGGAACAGCAACGCCAACACGAUCCAUCCGAGUUCUAAAAGAAUAAAUUUCCUCUUAUUCAUACCCAGGGUUUCCCGAGUCAUGAAGAACAGUGACCCAUUGUCUGGCUUGUACAUGUGAGAAAUGUCAUGGCGCUAAUAAGACGAACUAACAAGGUU